GGAGACUAAAAAAUGGAGAGACUUAUAAUGGUCAUUUGGUGAAUUGUGAUACUUGGAUGAAUAUCCAUCUUCGUGAAGUUAUCUGUACGUCAAAGGAUGGAGAUAGGUUUUGGAGAAUGCCUGAAUGUUAUAUUCGUGGCAAUACCAUUAAGUAUCUUAGAGUUCCUGACGAGGUGAUUGAUAAAGUUCAAGAAGAAACAAAAAGCCGUGGAGAUAGAAAACCACCUGGUGUCGGUGGACGAGGAAGGGGAAGAGGAGGUAGGGAUGAAGGUGCUGCUGGAAGACAGGCGAAAGGCAUUGGGCGUGGAAUGGAAGAUGCAGGUGCCAAAGGCCGGGGCAAAGGAGGACCUGGUGCCAAGUCUGGUGGAAAAGGUGGUGGCCGUGGACGUGGCUAAUCGUCGUCAUUUAGAGACAAAGAAGCCAGAUGACAAGCUAGAUAUAUUGUAUCUAAUUUUGUUUCUACUUUCAAAUUAUAAAUCAACUUAUCGGAGAAAAGGCCUGCUUCCAGUUAUUAUUAUUUUAAGAUGGAAUGUAUGUAGGCUUGAAAGGCUCACUCUCUUUCCUUUGUGAAGACAUAUGUAAUAGUGCGUGUCUUGAAAA